AGACCGUACGAAGAUAAUUGAUUUGGGCCUUCCUGUGUCCUUUCAAUUUACCCUUUUGUUGUUGCUGUUGUUCGACUUAUCACUAUAUCAGUCAACGACAAUUGGAACAGUUUCAAGCCCCUACACGCAUACACUUCUCUUUCUUUACGCGUUCAUCUCUCUUUCUCUUUUGAAAAUGAAGCACUCCCUGCGACUGUUGUCGUCAGCCGAGGACUCGUCUUUGAUCCGGUGUAUCGGUCCCUUUCAUGUUUGCCGCAGCAGCACCGCCAAGGGUGUGAUUGAGGUGCUCUCCGGAGACCCUAAGCACCCGGUGCAAAAGCUGAAUCUGCUCGGCGCAGAUUAUUUCUCCGCACUCAAGGGGGUCGCUGCGCUGCUGUCGGAGGAGCUGAACGACGAAGCCCGAGUGGCUAUCUUUGCACCCCGGGAAAAGUGCUCUUUCUCCGCCGGCAUCGAUUUGAAGGAGCUUGCCGGCGGUCUAGUGACCACCGAGGCAGACGUGGCGGGCUCCAAGUACCCGGCUAUGCGCUUGCAACAGCAGCACCGCAUGGUUCGUGUCUUUCAGGACGGCGUUUCGUCCUUGGCACGAUGCCGCAUCCCUAUCAUUGCCGCUAUCGACCCCCACUGCGUCGGCGGCGCAACGUCCGUCGCCAGUGCGUGCGAUCUGCGCUAUGCCACGUCGCGGUCUGUGUUCUCGGUUAAGGAGGCUGCGGUCGGGUUGGCCGCCGACAUCGGCGUCCUGCAGCGCUUGCCCGCCAUUAUUGGCGAGGGCCGCACGCGCGAGUUGGCCUUCACGUGCCGCGAGUUCGACGGCGAGGAAGCGAAGCGAAUCGGAUUUGUGGAGGAGGUGUGCACGGAUUACGCGGCGUUGAUGGCGCACGCGCGUCGCAGGGCUGCCGAGGUGGCGUCCAACUCGCCAUUGGGCGUGCAGAACUCCAAACGCAUUCUGAAUGGGCAGCGCGAGAAAGCCGUGCAGGAGUCUUUGGAGUACCAGGCGGCGAUCUCGGCGUUUAGCCCGUCUUGCCACGACGUCGCGGAGGCCGCGCACGCCUUCGCAGGGAAGCGGGCACCGGUGUUCACCGAUUAUGUUGUGAAUCCUACCGGUGGUCAUGCGCGGUCUAACCCAAAAGGUUCUUAG